AAAAAACAACUGUCACUGUCAUAGAUCUGGAACCCGUAUCGUGCAGUUUUUUUACCAAUAUUUGGCUCUAAAACUGAAAUUAAUUUCAGUAUUUUACGUAAUUUUAAUCACAUGGUGAUAAAAAACAUAUAGUUAAAUGGCAUCUUCCCGUCUCCAGGCAUCUGUGCGCCAGUUAUCCAAAACAUACAAGAAAAAGAGUAGAUUUGAUAUUGGCAUCGCUUCAGAGCUACCUGCAGCCUACAAGAAGUUUUGGCGUGAAUGGAAGGUGCUGAAGCCUGCUGCGGUACACUUUGUCCCGCAAGAAGGCAGAUGGAAGCGGGACGAGCUAACUGGCGUGACUCUGCCCAUCCAAAACGUGCCCAUACCUUUAAAACACCCUGCUGAAAUAAAUGAUGGGAUAUGGGGUGGAGAAGCAGUUGUAAAAGGUUUCCAAAAACGUGACCCAUUGCGACGCAGGGUUCCUCACUACUGGGUUCCUGUGCUCAAGAGGACAGUGGUAAAGUCUGAGGUGCUCAACACCCACCUCUCAGUCACGGUGACCGAUAGGACCAUUCGACUAAUCAAUGAUCACUAUGGGUUUGACCACUACUUGCUCAAGACACCAGCCUGUGACCUUGUGUCCAUGUUGGCCCUCAAGCUGAAGAAACAAAUACUAACCGAGCUGAUGAAUGGCUGCCCAAGGUUGGCCCAUGAUCCUGAAAAACAGAAAAAUAUUUAUGAAGAAUAUAGUACUUAUUUAUCAUCGUAUACUCCGGAAGAGAUUGAAUGGUAUGGCUUGACUUGGAUUGAAGCUUUAUCCAAGGUUGCUAAGCUAAAAGAAGCUGCCAACAAGCCUGUACCUUUGAAAAAUAUUUAUAGGAAAAAUCUUGUGGAGAAACUGAGGGCUGCUGGGUUAGAGGAAACAAAAACUUCACCUGAUGAGAUAUCAAAUACCACAUCAUGGCUCUCCAAAAUGAACCCAUUCGGCAAAAAGGAUGAAGCAUGAAGAAUAUUAAAGAGUAAAUAAAUUAAAUUGUUGUGUUAUAGACAAAGAAAAAUGUAAUAUUUGAAGUAGAUAGAUAUGUUUACUGCUUA